AUGCACCCUCGUCCUGACUUCACCGGCGAUGCUGGACCGGGAACAGCGAGCGCGAUUUUAACCUCGUCCACAACCGAUAUACAGAUCACCGACGCAUCGACAACCUCUUCAAGUAUAGUCACCGCAGCAGCCACAACCACAAACACGGAUAUGGUGCCACAUGCGACCUUUCUGUAUCCAACGGAGCCAUUGACCUUGAACAAUAUCGAUGUGAUCCAAGUCAGCUACCGGACGGUUUGGAAGAGUGUAGACCUGUCGAUAUUUUGUGAGAUGAGUCCAGGCUCGCAUGAGUUCGCUUUGGCCAAUAUAAACCAGAUCCAAUCCAAUGGCACGUAUGCCAUUGCGCCAAUCCAAGCGGGAAUGAAAAUUCCCCAGUUCCCUACCUAUUGCAACUUCAUGCUCUGUGAUUCCCAGAACAGGACAGACUCUACCACCGCAGCUGGGUUCACAAUGAUCAGCACCCAGAGCAUCGCCACGACCUACUCUUUGGCCGCUACACGAGCAGCGACAACCCCAACAUCAGCGACGGGGCCUGCUGCUAUGUCCUCAUCUACGGCGUCUGCAGCAGCCGAGACUGCCGUUUCCCCAACCUCUAGUUCCGCGAGACUGGGUAAUGGCGCCAAAGCUGGUAUUGCAAUUGGCGUGAUUCUCGGCAUUUGCGCCUUGAUAGCUGCCAUUCUCUUCUGUCUACGAAUAGGACAACGAACGAACAAGUUGGAGAAUAUGGUAAUACUAAGGAGUACAGCGCCGUCGGUGGACUUGGUGCCAUCCGAGAAGCUUGUAGUAGAGAAGCCUGCGGCAGGGUCACAUGCACCCGCACCCUUACCCUCUCCACCGGACAAUGGAUCUGGGAUUGCAACUCUCAGAGUUGGGGAGAAUCAUCGCAAUUCAGAAGACUGGAGACGCUUUUUUGGCAAUGGGAAAUCCCAGAAGCCUGUGAUAUCCUCUUGA